CGAGCUCUUCUCCUCCACCCCCAAAGACUUUCUGGUCUCAAUCAGUGACAGAUAUCCAACUAACAAAUGGACCAAGCUUGGGACCUUUCAUGCUCGGGAGGAGCGCACGGUCCAGAGUUUUCCCCUGGAUGAGCAUUUAUAUGCCAAAUACGUCAAGGUGGAGCUGUUGUCACACUUUGGCGCUGAGCACUUCUGUCCUCUCAGCCUGCUCAGGGUUUUUGGCACAUGCAUGGCAGAGGAGUUGAAUUCGGAGCUCUCUGAAAGAGUCAACUACCAGGAUGAGGACGAUGUAUGGAGACUGUGGCAGUGGACCAGCUUGAGUCAAUAAAGGUCAUUGAAACUCUCUCAAUGACUGAAGGUGGACACAUGGGUCCGACAGUUCCUUUAUUUUCCCCCUCAAUCUUGGAGACCACAGCACGGCUGACUUCAGAGCCUGUCCAGACAACACUCACCAAAGAGGAUCAGAUUGUUACUUUGCUACCUGAAGAUGAGUCAGAGGUUCAAGACAAGUCCUCCAGGUCUACACUACAGAAAGCAGAACAGGACAGUGUGAAGGCUCCCCAGGAUCAGCAGUGUUAAAGAUUGAAGGAGAAAAUAGGAGGACAUGUUCCUGACUCCAGUGCUUGUGUUAUUUCAAUCAAAGUCCCUCCUGCAGAGGCAUUUUUCCAUUCAAAUUCAGCCGAGGUAGAAGACCAAUACUAAAUCUCGAGAAUCACAUUCUCAAACCAACACUUUCCACAAAACAGCGACAGUCACGCAAGUGCUCCCCACCUCUUCAUGCCCGCCAUCUUCAUCCGAAUUCUAUGCUGAAAUCCCCAGCUCCACCGAUGUACGAAACCAUGUCUCCAAUCAGAAGUCCAUCUUCAUGAGGCUAAAUAACCGGAUCAAAGUCCUGAAGGUGAAGAUGUCACUCAUCGGUUGUUACCUGGAACAGCUCAGUCAAAGAUAUCGAAUGCAGAUGGAGGAGAUGCAGAGGGCUUUCUAUAAAGCCAUCAUCAAACUCCAGAGCACCUUGUGGAACAUUGAAGAGCAGUGUAAGAAAAAUGCAGAGUCCAUACAGGUUCUGCAGAAACAGAUGGAGAAACUGUCACUGCAAGUCAGCAAUCUACAGAGAGAGGUUUCGGUCCUCCAAAACUACGUGCUACUCUCUGUGGUCCUCAGCAUCCUCAGCAUCCUCAGCAUUCUCAUCAUGCUCAUCGUCAUCAUCUAUCUCCAUUACUGUCGCAUGGCGGAUUCAAAUCUCUCAUCAGAACCUGAAACGUCCAUCCCAAAAUCCUACAGCUGCUGCUGUCCUGACAGGCAAUUCUUUCUCCCUGCAUUUAAAUUUGACCGAGACAUCAGGAACUCCAUCCAAGUCCGAACUGUGGCAGUGGACCAGCUUGAGUCAAUAAAGGUCAUUGAAACUCUCUCAGUGACUGAAGGUGGACACAGGGGUCCGACAGUUUCUUUACUUUCCCCCUCGCUCUCGGAGACCCCAGUGACGCUGACUUCAGAGCCUGUCCAGACAACACUUACCAAAGAGGAUCAGAUUGUUACUUUGCUACCUGAAGAUGAGUCAGAUGAUCAAGACAAGUCCUCCAGGUGUACACUACAGAAAGCAGAGCAGGAGAGUGUGAAGACUCCCCAGGAUCAGCAGUGCUCAAGACUGAAGGCAAAAAAGAGGGGGGACAGGUUUCUGUCUCCAGUUCUUGUUAUUUCAAUCAGAGUCCCUCCUGCAGAGGUGUUUUCCCAUUCCACUUCAGCUGAGGAAGAAGACCAAUAUGAAAUUUCGAGAAUCACAUUCGCAAUCGAACACUUUCCACAAAACAGAGACCUUAGUCCUGGUGAUGAUCUCAUCGUCCCAAACGCGGGUGCUCCCUACCUUUUCGUGUCCGCCGUCUUUAUCCGACCUCUAUGCUGAAAUCCCCGGCUCCACCGAUGCACCGAUCCAUGGCUCCAACCAGAAGUCCAUCUUCAUGAGGUUAAACAACCGGAUCAAAACCCUGAAGGUGAACAUGUCACUCAGCGGGCGUUACCUGGAACAGCUCAGUCAAAGAUGGAGGAGAUGCAGAGGGCUUUCUAUAAAGCCAUCAUCAUACUCCAGAGCACCUUGUGGAUCAUUGAAGAGCAGUGUAAGAAAAAUGCGAGUCCAUACAGGUUCUGCAGAAACAGAUGGAGAACCUGUCACUGCAAGUCAGCAAUCUUCCUGUCCUUGCCAAAUCUACCGUAUACGUUCCU